UUCCAAGUCUUUUUGCAUACCAACUCACUUCUUCUCUUUUCUUUCUUAACCUUACUUCUCUAUUUUCUUCAAGAUCUUCACUUCUUUAACAAUGGCGGACGAGGUGAUUCUGCUAGGCACCUGGAUCAGUAUGUAUGCGAUGAGGGUCAAGAUUGCACUGGCCGAGAAGGGCAUCGAGUAUGAUUACAAGCAAGAGGACUUGAAUAACAAGAGCCCUCUGCUUUUAGAGGCAAACCCCAUUCACAAGAAGAUCCCAGUUCUCAUCCAUAAUGGGAAACCUGUGUGUGAGUCUCUCAUCAUUGUUCAGUACAUAGAUGAGGUCUGGAACGAUAAGUCUCCAUUGCUUCCCUCUGAUCCGUACCAGAGAGCUCAUGCCAGGUUCUGGGCUGAUUUUGUUGAUAAGAAGGUUAGUGUUGUUUCAAGCAAGUUAUGGACUACAAAAGGAGAAGAGCUGGAGGCAGGCAAGAAGGAAUUCUUUGAAACCUUCAAGAUAUUGGAGGGGGAGCUUGGUGACAAGCCUUACUUUGGGGGUGAAACAUUUGGGUUUGUGGACCUUUCUCUUGUCACUUUCUACAGCUGGUUCCAUACCUACGAGGUAUUUGGCAAUAUCAACAUAGAGGCAGAGUGCCCCAAGAUUAUUGCGUGGGCUAAAAGGUGCCUCCAAAAGGAGACUGUGGCAAAGUCUCUUGCUGACCAGAAGAAAGUUUAUGAGGCUGUUGGGCAAUUGAGAAAAAUACGCGGCUACGAGUAGAGUAGAGAAAUGGUUUAGCCCGAAUUAUGGUUUUCAGUGGCUGUGUAAUAAAGUUCAUUCAUAUUUUAAAACUCAAGUUUCAAGUUUGUUUACUUUCAAAAAAUAGUUUAGGUUUGUUUCAUUUGGGUCCGUUGAACUUGUAAGACACUUUGAUAUGUGUUUUCUGAGCUUUAAAUCAAAUGGGCAUGUAUUGUAUUAUGAAUAAGAAAGACACCUUGUUGUGUCUUCUAAAAUUUUAGAU